GUUCGUUUUGUUUCGGGAAUGUUGCAAUGAAAGUGGAUAAUACUGCAUUGAUUCAAUCACAAUUGCCACAGUAAAGGGAAACAGGGAAAACUCUAGAAAGUUGAGAAAUUCAAUCUCAUGCUUCUUUCUCUCGGUGGGCUGAUAUUUCUUCUGCACUCUGCGCGUCAGUCCCGGGGGAGCUGCGUGGCAGCUACUGCUCCCACAUUGCUCAACCACAACUGUCACGUGCAAUAGAUCAGUCAGAGGAACUUUCAUUUACAGGAAAUCACCAAGAGAAAGACAUCAACAUGGGAGUUGGAGUUGGAAUUGGUGGAUUCAUUACAUUCUUGACUUUAGCCUCUUGUUUUGGAGACAUUACAAAGGUUGACACCAGUGGGGCCUCAGAGAUAACCGCUAGACAAGACAAGCUAACUCUCCAAGGGGUGGAUGCCUCUCAUAAACUGGCUGAGCAUGACCUGGUGAGGAUGAACAAGUACAAGGAGCUCAUCACCAGGGUGGGGCAGAAGCAUGGCCUGGACCCAGCUAUCAUCGCUGGCAUCAUCUCCAGAGAGUCCCGGGCCGGGUCAGCGCUGGACCAUGGCUGGGGAGAUCAUGGGAAAGGCUUUGGGCUCAUGCAGGUUGACAAGCGCUACCACAAGAUAGUGGGGGCAUGGGACAGUGAAAAGCAUAUCAGUCAAGGCACUGAGAUUCUCAUUGAGUUUAUCCGAAGGAUCCAGGCUAAAUUCCCUGCGUGGCCCAAGGAGCACCAGCUGAAAGGGGGAAUUUCAGCCUAUAAUGCUGGGGACAAAAAUGUCCGCACCUAUGAACGAAUGGACGUGGGCACCACUGGGGGUGACUAUUCCAAUGAUGUUGUUGCCAGAUCUCAAUGGUUCAAAAGCCAGGGUUAUUGAAGACUCUUCAUUAUAUACAUCAGUCUUUGAUUCUACCUAUGGUGAAAAUAUUCAGUACCUGUUUUGGAAUAAAUCAAAGCAAUAAAAUUACUUCUCUGAAUAAA